CCAGGCCACGGGGUCGGGGAGCCUGCCGCUGCCCUCAAGUCACCUGGGCUCCCAGCAGCUGCUGCCAGCAUGGCUGACGCCCCUGCCAACCCUGGAGACGCAGACCUUGAGCAGAGGAUUUUGGAGGUGCUGAGGGACUCUGGCUCCCCUGUGAAGACUGCCCAGCUGGUACAGAAAUGCCAAGUGCCCAAGAAGAAACUCAACCAGGUCCUCCACAAGAUGAAGAAGGAGUCAAAGGGAGUCCUGCUCGUAGGCCCCGCGACGUGGUGCUUGGCCGAUGGUGGGACCAAAGAAGUGGUUCCCGCAGAGCUGGAGAGGCCCCAGAAAGAUGCAGUUGCAACUCCCCGGAAGCCCGGCCCUGAGCUCAGUCAGCGACAGGAAGAGAUCUUCCGGUUUCUGGAAGCCCAUGGGCCCCAUAGAGCCCUGAUCAUUGCCCAGGCCCUGGGAAUGAAGACAGCGAAGGAAGUCAACCCAGACUUGUACGCGAUGAGGAACAAGCACCUCCUGGACUUAGACGAGAAAUCAAACUCUUGGGCUGUUUAUCGACCAGAAGGUUCUAGGAAUCCGUCCACCCCAGUUAUUUACCAGCAAAAUCCAAUCAACAUGAUCAGUCAGAAUGGACCAAACAGCCACAUUUCCAUUGAGAACUCCAAAGGCAUCCAGAUUGGACACAGGAAUGUCAUGGUGAGACAAAUGGCCUCUGGGGAAAAUGGUUCCAUGGCUCCCCUCUACCUCCCUCCAGUGGCACCCACUGAUCCCUCAACUCGGGGUCCCCUGGCUGGAUCCUGGGGGCCCCAGGACAUCCGGAUGGAGAAGUCUGUGCUCAGACAUGUACAGAUGGGGCAAGGCAACGAGAUGAGUCUUCACGGCAACACAGCCAAGGGCCCUGCCCACAGCGCCCGUGGCAGCCCCCCAGGCCCGGAAGCUUCCAUCGAAAUUCAAAUCCCCGAACCAGGACCUCACUCCGAAGGGCGCAUGGCCCAGAGAGUCCACAUUCGCUCGUGCUUCCUGGAGGACACCACCGCAGGCAACAACAACAAGAUGACUGUCCAGCCAGGGGCGGCUGAUCCCAGAGGAGUCGCAAGGGCUGGCGAGCCAGGAGGGAGCGCAGACCCUCCCUCCGGAGCUGCACGAUCCAGAAGCGAGGUCCCUGCCGGCAGCAGCCAGGCUGCCCCCGUCAGCGCUGAGACGCUCACCUCAGAAGACCUAGCGGCUCUGACGCUCAAAAA